GCCCCGCCAGCCGGCCAGUCGGGCCCCGCCGGUCCACAGCAGAGGUCGCCUGCAGCUCCGCCCUCCGCCGCAGACAGGAAGCCAUGAGGUACAGCUGGCCGCUGUUCGGCGCCUGUACGGCGGCCGCCUGGCUCCUCAUGAAGCAGCUGACGACCAGCUUCUACCCCAGCCUCUUCGUGGACGCCGGGCUGCUGGUGCUGGCGGCCGCUGCCGGAGACCUGCUGGUCAAGCUGGCGGUCAACCUGCUGCCCCGCCGGCUGCUGCCCGACCUGCAGCGCAAGGCCGUCCUCAUAACAGGAUGCGACUCGGGGUUCGGCCACAUGUGCGCCAAGCGCCUGGACGCGCUGGGAGUGACGGUGUACGCCGGCUGCUUGUUCCCUGAGGGCGCCGGUGCCGCGCAGCUCAAGGCCGCCGCCUCCAGCCGCCUCCACGUCGUGCCGCUGGACGUCACCAGGGACGAGGACGUGCGCAGGGCCGUCGAAUACGUCAAGCAAACCAUCGGCGACAAAGACAUGUGGGCAGUGGUCAACAACGCCGGCAUCCUGAGCGGCGGCGAGGUGGAGUGGACCUCCAUGGAGAUGGUGUACAAGGUGUUCGAGGUGAACACGUUCGGCAUGGUGCGCGUCACCAAGGCGUUCCUCUCGCUCAUCAGGGAGUCCCAUGGCAGGGUCGUGUGCAUCGCCAGCAUGGCCGGUCGUCUUACGUCGCCUGGUUUAGUGCCGUACUGCAUGUCGAAACACGCCGUGGUUUCUUUCUACGAGGGCCUCAGAAGAGAAGUGAAGAAAUGGUCGGUGUCUGUUCAUGGAAUAGAACCGUAUUUUUACAAGACAAACCUCUUCAAAGAAGAGAACGUCAGAGGAAUAUCUCAGGAGACGUGGGAAAAAUCGUCAAAAGAAGUGCGUGAUAUGUAUGGUGAUGAAUACUACAAGUAUGGUCUGGAGCAAUGCCUUCAGGUUCUGCAGAAGAAGUGCUCGACGAAUCUGCACGCCGUCGUGGACGAUAUGGUCGACGCGGCGGUGGGCCUCACGCCUAAGAUGAGAUACGUGCCUGGUUUCCUCGACCAACUCGAGCCCCGAAUCAUGAUGCUGAUUCCAAGUGAUAUCAUGGACUACAUCGUCGACGUCAUAGUGCCUCUCAAACCUCCAAGCGCCCUUCAAGACAAAAAGAAGGCGUGAUCGACAUCGAGAGUGUAAUUCUUCAUCACUUGGGACAAUUGAAGCGUGCCCAGGCUACCCGCAUAGCAAAUAUCAACUACAGAAACAGUGGGAAAACAAAGCAUUCGAACCAUCAUCUAGUGCGUGAACCAAAAUGUGACUAUGUUAUGUAUUUAUCCUGAGUGAAAUUUGCAGGUACGACGAUUGUGUACAAAACUCAGUGUUUUAUUGCAGACUUAGUUAAGUGGAGUUAGUACGCAUCGGUGUUACAAAUAUCAUUAAAACAAUUUUGUACAUAUUUUGUAUUGAAUAUAGUAUGUAGUACAAAACGUUUUGGGUUAUAAUUAAAGAAUUGUUAAAUUUUGUA